AGCUGAUUUCGGUGGGGAACAAUUUAGAAGGGCCGUCGGAGUUGAUUGCCUAUACCGCGUUGUAAAUUCUCCUCUUAAUCGGGGAAUCACGCAUGUCUUCUAUACUUCCGAGCCUAUCCGUAUCUCUCCCUGGAUACCUAGGUCCAUGUCUGCCAUACUGUGUUCAUCGCCAGACUUGCUGGUCUGAACUUGUUUUUGAGCUGGGAACAAAAUGUACCGGGCGGCGAGAGCGAGCGGUGUCGCUGAGUACAAAACGAUCUGAGUGCUCGAGAAGCUGAAAGACCUCUGACGACCGGCAUCCGAUUGCUUACAAAGAUAAAUCGUCAACCUUAAGUUACAGUUGAAUGUAAGAGUGUUGGUCAGCUUAAUAUACAGACUUAGGAUGAAUUGAAGAGAAGUUUCUAAGGGAGCUUGACUAUAUCUUGUGACAAGGAGGCCAGAGUUGUAUGAGCCUCAGGGCGGAUAAAACUCGCACUCUGCCAAGCACCUCUUAGAGAUAAUCCUCGAAAAGAACCUUUUGUAGUGACGCGCAUUAAUUUCUAUUCCAACUCAUUUACAAACCUGCACACGAUGGCUUUUGGAAUCGGUACCUCUUUCAAUGCUGGGGAGGGUGAUGAAGAGUAUACACGAGAGAAUACACAUGGGGAGAAUUCAUCAGAUAUGUCAUCCGAUCCUGAAGCCGGUGAGGUUAUCAGAGCAUUGGAGCCAAACGUUUCUCGAUCAGGGAAGCGAACAUACGGCGUCCCAGUGGAGGAUAUGCUCAUAGAACGUCGACGCAAGAAUGCUAAGCUCGACGAGCAACUUGCUAUCUUGCAAUCAAUAUUACCGAGCAGUCGAGAGAAUAACCCUGCAAGCAAAGGUAAAGGGGCGUUCCCUCCAAAUGCGCAGGUUGGGGGGCAAACAACAGACAUCGGUUCCACAAACCAUGUUCUUUAUGAGCAUCCACAGGUGGAAGUGAAACGCGUCAAUGGGAGAUUGGAGUUGUGCAUUGCUUGUGUAAACCGGCCAGGGCUUUUGAUCGACAUCCUUGCCGCGCUUGACUCGAAGAGCAUCAGUGUAAUGCAAGGCAGUAUCAUGUGUUGCGAAAACGUUUCCUUCCGAGCUUUCAGCCUGGAGAAUAUCGGAACAGACAGAAGUACGAGCUUGACAUUGCCUAAUGUGGCACCGUUGGAGAUGCUAGAAAGAGACCAUGCUGCUACACGCUGGCCCGGAGUGCCUACCUUUGGAAGCAGAAGAGGAGGCAGUAAAAGAGCUCAUCUUCCGAGCCAUCCGUCAAGAUCUUUCUGAGAAUGAUCCCAAGUGACUGAGUUGUUGGAAUCCAGUUGUUUUCUUCUCCAUGGAAACUCUAGAAAAGUGGAGAGUCAACAAACGAAAAAUACUUAUAUCAGAAUCAGAACUGGGUAUCUAAAUUGUUAGGACAGUGCUUCAACGAUGUGAUUUGCAAGCAUUCGGUUGUAAGCAUGUAAUGAGCAGCAAAGAGUAGCAUUCUGUUUCGUUGAGGGUGCUCUAGACUUUCUUUCUGGAUAGUACUCUCAUUAUAUAUGUAGUUUGUCUACUUGCAUGGAUGCUCACCAGUUUUCUAUUGCACCUUCUGUGAUCAGACUAAAUGGCUGUUCAAGAGUUCUAAUUCACAUUGAAUUCUACUAUUA